UCUUUACACGUCCAGUCAUUGACAUGUGUCAAAGGCUCACACCCUGCCCAAGGGUCUCAACCUGUACCGGGAGUAUCAAUAGCUACGACUGUGUGUGUAACGCUGGAUACACAACCGUAACGGAUGACAGGACUCCAUACCCCUGUGUCAACAUCAACGAAUGUGCCGGGUCACCCCAAGUGUGUGACAGUAACGCAUUUUGCACCGAUUUAAGUGGCAGCUACUUGUGCACAUGUAUGGAGGGAUUCACCGGCACCGGGACCUCUUGCGAAGCCACUAAACCUUGUGCCCUGUCACCUUGUCUAAAUGGAGGCACUUGUACGACUAGCGACGAUGGAGCAUCGUAUGUUUGCACGUGUGCAGAAUCGUACACUGAUGUUAAUUGUAACACUCAGAUUAGGGAGCAAGAACCCCUUGCGGUUUUCACGAACCCGUUGUCUCAGAUGGCAGAUGUAGAGGAGCGGGUCACCUUCUCCUGUUCCUUCCAGAACGCGCAAAGUUACAAGUGGUACAAAGACAGCGUCCCCAUCUUGGGAAGUGAGAACAGGUCCCCGUUAGUUAUCAAUCCAGCUCUGGCCGAGGACCAGGGAUACUAUUAUUGCACUGCUGUCGGGGAGGACGGCAAAACUUUGUCCACAAAACAAGCUUUGUUGACAGUCAAUGGUGUUGAUAACUAUGUAGUAGUGGCGUCAUUCAACAAGACUUUCAACAGCAGUCUUUCCGAUAGAACUUCCUCAUACUUUCAGCAGCUCUCAAAGGAAUUAAUCAAUUUUAUCCUGACACCUCUCCAGAAUAAUUUUGAAGCCACCGUUGCAGUUGGAGUGAACUCCUUCUCACCUGGAAGCGUGAUUACAGAAUUCGGUAUCUAUGUAUACAAUGGUUCAAUACCCGAUGGUGAACAACUGUCCAUCAUCAGUUCUACAAUUACAAGCCUUGCUGAGGGGAACCCUAACUUCCUGGACCCAGCUUCUGUUCAAUCCUUUAGUGCAGUGACCUGUCCAGCCGGGACCUAUGUGACAAACUAUGGCUAUGUGGCAAUGUUUGACAGUGGCGUCAUCUACAGCACAGCUAACUCAACCGAUACAAAAUGCCCUGAUUAUACCGUAUAUCGGGACCAUCGUGUAAAAGCCACUUGUGUUGGUGAUACUCUUCGAGCUUGUGUUUGGGAACCCAAGAUGAACUGUGGAAAAAACCUGACUGCCGAUGAACUUCUCAAGAUCAUAAUAAAGGCCGAAGUCACAGCGGAAAAUGCAGAAAUGAUAGUUGAAGAAGUGGCAGAAAUAACGUCCAUGACUGAAACCCUUUCUACGGAAGGUCUGGAGAUUGUGGCAGAUAUCCUCAAAAAUAUCACAGAUAUAAAUUCUACUGAUGUGCAGGUGACUGAGUCUGUUGUGGAUAUUGCGAGUAACAUUGCGGAUCUACCAGAAGGAGAACUAGAAAUGGCUGAGGCGAGUGGUGCUCCAAGUCGUGUAGUUAUAGCCCUUGAAGCACAACUCGCUGUAGUUGAGGUGCUAAAUGAAACUCUUCGGAUCGUUGAGCCCAAUAUUGCCGCAGAGGUACUUGAUCUGACUGUGGAUGGACUCAGCCAGGGUAUAACCGUUUUCAUGUCAGCUACGGCCGAUGGAGGAAGCAUUUCAGACGAGGAUUUUCAGGUGGCAAGAGGCGAUCGUACAACAAAGCUAGAUGCGCUUGCAGCUCAGGCGACCCUCUUCAUUCCAUCAGUCUUAGCGAAAAGGUUCUCCGGGCUGACGGACCGCCGGAUGGUCAUUACAACACAUUUGAACACGGCUCUCUUCAGGGACAGUGGACUAACGGAGUUUAAUCUAAACCAGACGGGAUUCUUGCGAAAGUUGAAUUCGAGGAUCAUAGCGGCGUCGAUCAAUAACGAAGAAAUCGAAAACUUGGAGGAACCCGUGAUGAUUGCAUUUACUCCUACCAAUCCGAAUGGGACAAAUGCCACGUGUGUAUCUUAUGACUUUGAUGAUAACCAAUGGUCCACGCGAGGAUGCAUCAAAACAAGUAAUGACAACAUAUCCAGAAUUACAUGCGAGUGCGAUCACCUUACCAACUUCGGCAUUCUCAUGGAUAUCUAUGGAGGAGAAGGAUUGUCACCACAGGCAGAUUUUAUUCUGGAGAUCAUAAGCUAUGUUGGUUGCUGUAUGUCAAUAUGGGGCCUUGUCAUCACAAUCCUCACAUAUGCUUUUAAUAAGAAACUUCGUGAUCGCAAACCCAACCAGAUCCUGCUGUCCCUUUCCAGUUCCCUGCUCUGUCUAUACAUCGUCUUCCUGGUCAUGAUAUCUGUUGACACAGAACGAGGUAAGGAAGAAAUUCCUCCCCUGCCUUGCUGUAUCCUAGCUGGCUUCCUCCACUAUUUUACCCUGUCAUCUCUAUUCUGGAUGGGAGUCGAGGGCUACAACAUGCAUAUUCUCUUCGUUCGAGUUCUCAACACGUAUCUACCGCGCUUUAUGCGGAAGGCUUCACUGUUUGCAUGGGGAGUCCCUUUGGUGAUUGUUGGAAUCACUGGAGGAUCAGCGAGGGAGCACUACGCGCAGACAGAUGUUUGCUUCCUUGCAAAAUGGCCUCUCAUCGGUGGUCUCCUGAUUCCAGUUGCUUUCGUCAUGAUCUUCAACAUCAUUAUCUUCAUUCGUGUCAUUAUACGACUGAACAGAACCGUCAAAGGAAGACAACUUGAUAAGACGGAGAAGCGCCAGCGCCUUCGACGUUUCCAGAAUGCGGUGUGUAUCCUGAUCCUGAUGGGCCUAACGUGGUCUUUAGGUUACCUGAGCAUCAUCCGACCGGCCAGUGAGGUCGUCCAAGGAAUCUUCACCAUCCUCAACUCUCUGCAGGGGUACUUCAUCUUUAUGCUGUACUGCAUGCGCCAGCCUCAGGUUCGCAGGACAUGGCGCUCACAGUUCAGCUGCUGCUUGUCGAAGUCUUUUGCGGCGUCCGGCUCAAGCUCUGGCCAAACUAAUUCGACGUUCAAGAAUAGCUCGGCCAGGCUCAGGGGACAGAGAGGCAACCAAAAUGCAAGAUUGAUGUCUAACUCUGAUUCCAGUGGGUUCCGCCCGGAGACAAUAAUGCGUUCCCAACCUGAGAGACUGCCUAGAGCUGCCUACCAAAACGAUGGGGCCGAGUGGUGACUUGAUAACUAUAUAUAAGGAAACUUGAUAAAUGUUUGAAAGACAGAUUGCAUUAUGUACGGAACUACACAGAAAUGAUAACGGUGAUUUAAAGACACAAGUAGUAAUGGUUUUAAAAUAUUAACCCAUGCAGUCUUUCAACCAAUAAAACAAUCGUGUUUUUCAACUAGCAACAUGCAAUAUAUUCAAACAUGUUAAUAAUUUUAUACAUAGAAGGUUAUUAGGGACAUAAGGAAUACCAGUUGACCAUAUUUGCAUAGUAAAUUCAGCAUUUGUCAUGUCUGUUAAAUUGCUAUUGAUGGGGCGGAGUCGUUGGUUAUCAGCUUUCCUGUUUAUUGAUACAUCACUUAAAUGUAGUCAUCAAACAAUUCCCCUUUUCAGCUACAUUUCCAUUAAACUUAUUUCGACUUAAAUCGUAAAGGUGUCAUCACGCGGGUUGUGAUAAUUAAUUUGAAUAUUAGUGUAAUUUGUCGUACGGGAAUUGUUUUGACUAGCACGUUAAACAAAACAUUGUGAGGUUGACCAUCACUAAGAAGCGCGACACGCAUGGACCAUGUAUUAUUUUGCUUGACGUGUGGUACAGACUAUUAGUUUUAGUUCCUAUCUUUCUGAGCCUAUUACCCGCCUAUUUUAAGUAAUUUUAUUUAUAGAUGAUCUCGGUUUGAUAAAGUGCCAAUAUGUUGUACAUAAUUUUCCGUCCUUUCAAGAGUUCCAGUUUGGAAAAAAAAUUGUAACGGUCACUGAAAAUCGCAAAAUUGGUGGUGUCAAUUGACAUGCUAUAAAUUAUUCAUUGACCCAUAUUUGCAUUCCUUUAAGUUAUUUAUAAUAUAUCCAAACUUUUUUCCCCGUGAUUUUUUAUUGACGUUUUAAUGUUACUAAUUGUUUUGUAUGUGAACGAAGUUUCUUUAUAAAAUGAGUAUUACAAUAUAUAUAUAUAUAUAUAUAUAUAUCAUUUGAAAUCUGUAGAAUUUCUAGGAUUUCGCAUAUUUAGUCGGACUUAAUAGUAAAGGGGAUAUGGAAUUUUCAUCGACUAAAAUUUAGCUAGCACAAUCAAAUAGUACAUUAAUGGAGAGUUGGGAAUUGUAAUAAAGUUUUCUGCUCCUA